AUGGAAGGUCUACUUGCAUACGACAGUGGUUCAUCGUCUGAAGAGAGCGAUGAGUCCCCGAAAAAGAAACCAAAGGUUGCGGAAUCUGAUAACAUCAUAAUUUACGCGGGGAGCAAUAGAAAAACCGAGAAUGGAAAGUCAGAAUCUCCUUUCAAGCCUGGAAAGCAAUGUAGAUUAUUUCCAAAUAACCUAACUGAAUCAAAACAGAUUGUAAACGCCUACAAUAAUUCAUCGGUGAGUACUCAAAAUGAUUUUUGUGAACCCUUAAUUGAUGAUAAACACAAAACCUCUGCGUGUGGUUAUUUCCGGACAAGUACUGAGAAAAAUACGAAAUCUGCAGCAUUGUUCGAUUCAGGUAACCAGAAAACGAAGUCAUCUUUGAUAAGUUCAGGACCAAACGUCAAACCUUACGUGUCUAAGAGACAAAGAGAGAAAUUGGCUCAAGCAACAUCCUCAUCCCUUAUGGCGAAUCAGCCGUCACAAGACACUGAUUUAACCUUGAGAAAUAGCUCUUUGAAAGGAGCAAAUUAUCACCCAGAUGAAGCUAAAUUUCUAAACCGCAAGGACACAGAUCAAGUAUGCAAACCAUCAAAGAAAUUACAUUUAAAUCUUAAAGGUCACACCCAGGGUGUUAACUGCAUCAGAUGGAAUGUUACAGAGAGUAAUAAUCAUUUGUUAUUGUCUGCAUCGAUGGAUCACACAGUUUGUGUUUGGGACACACGGCAAGGUGGAGCUUGUAUGCAAAGUUUGACAUGUCAUACUGAAGCAGUAAAAGAUGCCAAAUGGAGUCACUGUGGGUCACAAGUGUUGAGUUGUGGUUAUGACAAAACUGCAAGACUGUUUGAUGUAGAAACAGGAAAGGAAAUCAAAGUGUUUCCACACAGAAACUACGUGACUUGUGUCCAGUUUCAUCCCAGUGAUCCCAACCUGUUCCUAGCUGGGACUUUUAAAUCUUCCAUUCUAUGUUGGGACAGAAGGACUGGAAGUAUUGCAUCAACAUACUCAGCUCUAUUUGGUCAAGUACAGGAUAUAGCAUUUCUACCAGGAGCAGAAGAAUUUGUUUCUGCUGCUGAAGUUGUCAGACGGAAUUCAACAGACAAGGGGAUCAUGGUGUGGGAUUUUAGAUCAACAGCAGUUUUAUCAAAUCAAAUUUAUCAGGAAGCCUUUACAUGCACUUGCUUGAAGGUCCACCCUUACGAAUCACAUUUUGUGGCACAGUCAAAUGGUGACUACAUUGCUUUGUUCUCAACAAGAAAACCAUAUAAGCUGAAUAAGUUCAAAAGAUAUGAAGGCCAUAAGGUUUGUGGUUAUCAUAUUGGAUGUGAUUUCAGUCCUGAUGGAAAAAUAAUUUGUUCUGGCUCAGCAGAUGGGAAAAUUUUUUUCUAUGAUCACAGCACAGCUCGUGUGAUGACAACAAUAGAGGCUCACUCUGCUCCAUGCACAGAUGUUGCGUACCACCCCACCCUACCCAGCUGGGUGGCAACCUGUGGGUGGGAUGGGCAGGUUAAAGUUUGGACAUAAUUUCUGAGCAAAGCAAUUUUCAAAUAAUAGUUCCAAGAUCAACCAAGGAUUGUUUACAAUUGGUUUUGAGAUCCUCUACCCUGUGAUUGGUCGAAAAAAAAACUCCAUUCUCAACUUCCACUCCACUGACCAGAUAUUAUUAACUAAGAGUGAUUCUGCUUUGCUCAAUUGCAUUUAUUACCUCAUGAUUUGCAGUUUCAUUGUUUCUGUCAUUAUUAGUCAGUGCAAUGUUAAAUGAGUAUAGAGGUAAUCUGGGUUUGUUUUGGUUUUGCUUCACUACACUGAGUGACUGCUCAAAAAUUCCCAGCUGCUUACUUAAUCAACCAGAUUUAAUACAAAAACUAAUCAAUAAAAUCAAUAAACACCUCCUUCACUUGCAUUUUUCCAG